AUGAUUAUCAAGGAUAAAUAUUUUCUAACUAUUUAUUUCGGCAUUCGACCGAACUUCUAUUUUUUUAUCGUAAAUAAUUAUUUUAAACAAAAUUUUAAGGCAAUUCCUCUAUUUUGUACAAUUUUUACUAAUGGAAUAGCAUUUUCAAUUGGUGUUGACCGCCUUUUAAGUGUUGCUUUUCCAAUAUGGUAUAUGGUUCAUGAUAAAAAGAAUUAUUUAAAUAUAAUAAUUACUUUUUGUUGUUUAUAUGCUUUAAUUGUGCCUAUAUGUGGAAUUAAUAUUUCUUUAUCAAAUCCAGAAAUAGAUCCAAUGCAAAAAGAUGCUACUUGGGUAGUAAUUAUGUUACUCUCUGUUAAUUUAUCUUCUGUUUUUUGUUAUAUUUCUGUUUGGAUUAUUUUAAUGUUUAAAGAUUCAAUGAAGAAAACACAAUUAAAUGUAUUUAAAUCCCUUUCUGUUAUUUUAUUAAUGGAAAUUUGUGGGUGGAUAUCUAAUUAUUCAAUUCGUUUAAUUAUUGGGGCAGCCAAUCUCCACACUUUAAAUUCUUGGUAUAUAAUUAAUAUAACAACAAUUAUGCCUUAUAUUGCUAUGAGUUUGUCUCCUGUUUCUUUAUAUAUUUUUAGGUAA